UUAUAUUUGCCUAUUUGCUUCAUUGUGAUUGAAGUGAUUGAAAAAUAAAUAAAUAUUUUGUAAAAGAGAUUAAUUAUAGUUUUAUUUUUGUUUUUUAGUUGUCAAUAUCAAGGUCUAAAACCAGCAAAACCUCGUAAUGAACGAUAUUUUGAUCCUGCUACUAAACUUCAUGUUGCUUUUGAUUUACCUUAUAUCAAAUAUUUUCUUGCUCAUGUUUUUCAGUUUCAAAUAUUUGAUAUUUUAUGUCAACAAACUGAUCAUCAAGGACCUUUACAUUUAUGUGAUUUGUAUGGUUCAGUUGCUGCUGGAAAUAAACUUAAAAUAUUACUUGGACUUGGUUCAUCAAAACCUUGGGAAGAUAUAUUAGAAGAAUUUGCUGGUGUAAGAACAUUUUCUGCUAAAUCAUGUUUACGAUAUUUUCAACCACUUCAAGAUUAUCUUGAAGAAUUAGUUAAACAAGGUCAAUUAAAUAUUGGAUGGACAUGUAAUAAUAAGAGUAAUUCAAGACGAGAAGAAUUAUUUCGAAGAAAUUAUUUUUUAUUUAUAUUUAUGAAUAUUAUUUUGUCGAUUAGUUAUUUUUAUUUGUAA